AUGGCAAGAGUUUGUAAUGCUAGGAAAGAAAACUACAAGAUGAUUUCAGGAUCAUUUUACAUACCUAAAGACAACCCCUCAAAACCUUAUGGAGAAGAUGCUCACUUCAUUUGUGCUGAGGAGCAGACCAUUGGUGUGGCAGAUGGGGUUGGGGGCUGGGCCAAGAGAGGUAUAGAUGCGGGCGAGUAUGCUAGACAGCUCAUGAAGAACUCUGCUAUUGCAGUAAUUUUUAAUGAGCCGACAGGCGACGUUGAUCCAAAAAGAGUUCUAAAUCAAGCUUACGCAAGUACCAAGGCUGAAGGAUCAUCCACAGGUUGCAUAAUUGCCCUUAAAGGCAAAUGUAUACAUGCUGCAAACGUGGGAGAUAGUGGAUUUAUGGUCUUCAGAAAGGGUGAAAUGAUAUUCAAAUCACGAGCAAUGCAACGUGGUUUCAACCGCCCAUACCAGCUCGGAAAUGGAAAAGGAUGUGAUCGUCCAAGUGAUGCUGAGGAGCUGGUAGUAGCAGUAGAACCAGGAGAUGUCAUUGUUACUGCAACAGAUGGAUUGCUUGACAACAUGCUCCAAACGGAGAUGGAAUAUAUCAUAAAGCACUCUGGAGAAAAGGAAGGGCCUCAGCAAUUGGCAUGGACUUUGGUGGCCGUCGCAUUUUACAAUUCGACAGACAAAAAUGCAGAUACGCCCUUUGCAAGAGCUUCCAAGCAUGCAGGACACAACCAUAAAGGAGGCAAAAUUGAUGAUAUAACAGCUGUCGUGUCCUAUGUUUUUAGCGAGUUAGAUUGA